AUAGUUGCGAACAACUCACUUCACGGAGGAAAAGAAAUCGGCUGGAAUUAUUUUUACAAAGGAAAUUGAGUACGUCUCGUAGGUUUUAAAUUAAUCCCGCCAAAAGAGCGUCGCUACGCGCGCGGUUUGGCCCUGCUCCGCCAGGCGGCGCCCCGAACUCCCGCUCCGCGUUUGACGAGGUCACGUGACCCACGCUAACCGCCAUCUUUGCUUAUCGUAUAAACAGUGCGACCGGGCUCGGCGCAAAUUCUUGCGGAGAAUCAGUGGUUUUCCUGUGUUUUUGAGUGAUUAACGCGCAAAGAAAUGUCGGACAUCAAGGCGGAGACCAAGAACGACAACAGUGUCGAGGAUGCGUCCAAGGACCAGUCGUCCGAGGAGAAGCCCACCCCGACGAAAAAUAAACGCGGCGGUACCAAGAGGCUCUCGACCUUGGAACGGACAGCGCAGGAGGGCAAAGCCAUCAUCAAGGGACUGAACACAACGGCUGGAGAGGUCGAAGGAAGAAGGCGUACCCGGAGUUCGGCUCGUGGUUUGACACUCUCCUCGCCUGCCCCUGCACCUUCGCCACCCAAGAGAGAGAAGAGAGAGUCGUCAGGGAAAGGCACCGGUCGUGGACGCGGUCGUCCGAAGAGGCAGGAGAAGAGCAGUGAAAAUAAUACCGAUGAGGAGGCGUCCAACAACAAAAGCGAAAAGCACUCCGAGGAGGAGUCCUCGAAGAUGGACGUAGGUGACAGUAAAGACGAGAAGGACGACAUCAAGGUGGUAGAGAAUGACGGAAAGAACGCCGAAGAGGUGGAGAGUAAAGACAAGGACGAGAAAGUGCCCGAGUCGAAUUCCAAGGACGAGAAGACGACGGAGGAAUCGGAGAACUCGGCAGAGGAGACCAAGAGCGUAGCUGCCAGCGAAGAGAAGAAGGAGGAGGAAAUCAAGGACAGCUCUGACUCGAGUCAAGAUGCAACAGACGCCACCUCGGAAGCCCCACCUUCGUCCCUAUCGGACUCCCAAAAUGCUUCGACUACCGUUACUACCGAGGAAAAGAAGGAAUAACCUCUCUCUGCCUGUUCUACCACAUUUUUCAUCAGGUACCAUGGCGGCGCACACAACGGGGUUCACAAAUCCAGUCCCCUCGUCUAUUUUAACUAAUUGACACCUUGCCGAUCGUUUCCCUAAUCAGCGCAUCCGAGUCGUAUGUUUGUUGCUUGCAAUUUGCCAGGCGCCCGAGCAUCCAAGGACCGGUCGCUCUUAGGUGUUUAUCUCUGGACGUUGUUUUCUCGUCUGAGCGUGACUUUAUAACGACCUUUUUUCUCAUUCUUUAUUUUAUGGUACGGCGUAUACCAUAGGAACUUUAAAGCGAACUUCUUACGAUUCUUUGCAACGGCACUCGUUGGUUGCGCUGGUUGGCAAACAACGAUGGCAGACCAAGGUGUAGAGCAUACGUUGUUCAUGUACAAUGAUAAUAUUAUUGUAAAAUAUAUUUAAUAUGGACUUAUAUAGAAGGGAUUGCUUGCAAGUCGGAGUCCAGAUCGGAGGGCUCCUCGAGAGGGUAUAGCCUCCGUCGCCUCUUCGAUCCUGGCUCGGGGUGGAAGCGGUCGGAAAUAUUAAUUCGUACAUAGAAAAUUACUGUAAUACCUUACUUAUAUAUACAUUACGAUUGAAUGAAGUGGAAUAUAUGAGAAUUAUGGUGAGUUGACUUCUCUUUUUCACCGGGCGGGUGGAAGUGGAAUUUCUAAAGGAUGAGAGGGUGUGCGUGAUUAAUCGCGGUCGGAUUCGUUCGGUGGAUUAUUUACGAGAGGGGAUCCGAUAAAAGUGCGUCCCUCGUUUUUCGACCCGCGAGUCGACUCGACGGCACGUGGCGAACACUGUGAGCGCAGUCCGUCAUUCGUCCUGCCUAAGUCAAAGUCGUUAAAGUGAAAGAGAGAGAGAGAGAGAGAGAGUAUGCGUGAGAACGAAAGCGCGAACGAGAGCGAGUGAGAGGGAAAGAUUGAUAAAGAUGCGCUAUCUAGGUGUGAAACGCGCAGUUAGGCGCGAGCGUAAAGUCACGGCGUCGGUCCAACGCGCGAGGUCUUCAUCGGAGGUUUUCUACUUUGCUUUUACUGGUCCAAUAUUAAAUAUGUUAAUAUUAUUGUGUAUCUGAACGGUUGUGAGUGUACAGAUAGGCCGUACGAUCGAUGCACCAUACUUAGCGGGUUCUCUCAGCACACUUAAUGAGACACCGAGGGACGAGGAGCGUCUUCGCCAUGCGUCGCGUCGCCCCACGACUGGGAGUGCGUGCAAUGAAAACUCUGCAUACAAUGUCCGGAAACACCUGGCUCUUUCGAUAUGGAACAAUCCGAAUGCGUCGUAAGGGACUGUGCCUCUUGGUUGCAUCCAGUCACAGCGAGGCCAAGCUUCGCUCACGGUGUUGCGUGAGAAACUCGUGUUGCGCUACGUUGGUAUCGAAGCGAGAAAAGAGUAGUCUUGUUUAGGUUAGCUGUACUUUCUCCGCUCGAGUGAAACCGACUAAACCAUCCUUCUCUUGAGAAGACGCAAAAGUGUAGAUACAUUCUUGUCGACUGCCACGAACGUUAGAAACCUUCGAGUCCAAGGUGAACUUGUGAAACAUGUUUCGGGGGAAAUUGAGAAUUUUUAUAGGUUAAGUUUUAUAUAUUUACUGUAUACUCGUGGUACCAGUUGAUAACUACGUACACUCGCUGCAUCUACUCGAGGGCGAAUACAUAAAGUACUACAGUUUUGUACUGAGAAGUGAAAAAGUGUAAAUGCACUUGUGUUCUAAACAGCGUGUGUUGUUACAACUAGUGGUCGAGACUUCGAACUUGGAGAAAGUGCACGCAAAUAGCGUUUUCAGCUCGUUACAGAGCAUCGCUAGUGUAGAGUAUUACCACUAAAUGUGUUCAACUGGUCAGUGUUGUAUCGUGUUUGGCUUGAUGGUGUCGGGUUGAUGGUGCAUUGCAUUCGAUUCGUUACGCUUUUAACACCAUUGCAGAGGACAAGUGUUACAAAAGUGCAAUAUUGCAAUGCCCGUGAACAGCUAAUGCGAAUAUUUGGCAAUAAACUUGGAUUUUAUAAGCUUUUCGCGUAAAGACAAAGGCAUUGAGUUAGAAAUGCUUGUGAUAAUUAAUGAAUAUACGUCAUUGAAACAAAAUUUCAGUGCAGCUUUUUUUUAUUUUUUAACAAAUACAAUUUUUUAAUGUUUGCCUGCUUGACUGGUACGGUAGCAUUGCUAAGGUAUAAUAAUGCAUGAAAAAUAUGUAUACCAUUCAACACCGACACUGUCGCUAUGCAUUUGUACUAUACUCAUGCAACACUAGGGUGAGGACGCGUAACCCAGCUAAAAACGCUGCAAGCGUAGAGUGCAGUUAACCUAAACAACCCAGCAGUCUACCAUGUUAUGUGUAAUGCGUCGGUAGGAGUCGUUCUAUAAACAUCCUUCGCUCUAGAGGUAUCGACUCGUUCCAAUCUGUCAGCGAAUCCACCUGCGAUUGACAGGCGAGGUAUAUCAACGAAUACUUAAGAACACGUGCGAAGCAAGCAGGGGAGCUGUACAGUGCCGGGGCUCUUCGAUCUUGCCGAACGACCGAAGCACUAUUUUCUUACGUAGCACUUAUACAGACUGUUUUCCAAUCUCUGAACAGUUAGCGUUGGUGUUUUUGUAGCGAGUAAUCGUUAUACAUUGAACUGUAUUUCCAUGAAUCUGUAUUAAUAAACAAGACUUGCAGCUCUUGAGAAAAUGACUUGGUUGGAUCGGUCGUUGUGGUUUCGAUCAAGGUUAGGAGGGCUCGGAAGAGAUCGGAUAUUUGUAUAUUGAACUUAUCAUACAUUCUCGUUUCCGUAAAGUACGAUUCCGUUUGAUCGAACAAAGCAUACGCAAAUUUAGUGGAUACUAUUUCCUCGGCGUAUUGUUAAUAAUUUACAGUUUAAAUAUGUCGAAUAGAACUUAUACAUCAUUUGUAACUCUAUCGCUCUUUCUAGCUGAUACUUGCUAUUUUGACUCAUCUAGUCUCUUUCUGACUUAAAAAUGAUUGCACCAGAUACUGUUUAUAAUUGUGCAUUUAAAACAUUAUGGCAUGUUUAAGGUUAUGCCAUUACUUUACCUUACUCAUUGCUUGGCUUCGAGUAUCGGUAGGUUGCAUCGAUGGUUACUCUUGCUUUGUGUCUUUUAACAGAAAAUGUAGCGACUUCGCUUGGAUUUAACUUUUCUAUCGAUGAUUCAAUUGCUUUUUAAAAGCGAAAUUUAAUGGUUUUAUGCCGAGAUAAUGUAUGGUGGGGUGAAUCCCACUUUUAGUAGGAUUUAAAUAUCUUUUGCAAUUGUUUUCUAAAAACAGCGUAGCUCUUUACUGUAAUUAUGACUGAUAAUGUAUGGCAUAUGCGUUUAAAGGACGUAAAGCGUUAUGUUGAGAGUUUGAUUAUGAAUGGUAAGUUUCCAGUGUCUCGUUGGGUGCGGCUUUAGACUUAGCGAUUAGGGUUACAUGUUAGUUAAAAUAAUUAUGUGAACAAUACUGAACAUAUAAGCUUGCCUAGUAAGAGGUGCUCUUUCGCAAGGCAAGUGUUACGAGUAAUAAAGUACAUUAGCGUUUUAUUAUAGCAAUAGUAAAGUAUAAAUUCAGUAAUGAGUGAUCUGUGGAUGUAAGGCAGGAAAUAGUUUUUAUACUCUUCCUAUCCUUUGGUUCGGGUUAGAUUUUUUUAGUGAUUCCAUUGCGUAGCACUUUGCAUGGGAAUAAAAUCCUUAGUCCUGGUUGGUACGAUCCGAUGUGUACCUAGACAUGGCUUGUCUGUUCCGUUACUGUACUACUUCUAUUAAAGUAGGAACUGACAAUGAUAAUAACGAGGAUCACGAGAUGAUGUUUGAUCGAUCUUUUGUAACAAAAUUGCUUCGAUGAAUAAAUCCAAUAAAUACAUUUUAGUAUCA